CCAUCCCAUCCAUAUUUGUCCAUGCACUGGCAAAGGCAGAGGCAGAGGCAGAGGGGAGGCAGAGAGGCAGAGGUAGAGGCCGCACUGGUCCCUCCCUCCCUCGCCCACCAGCCCAUUGACAGACUGACUGACUGACUGCCUGGGCCGCUUUCUCCUCUGCUCAACGUGAAACACCACGCAACACUUCACUCGCAUUCCAUCCUGCCCUCCGCACGCAUACCGCGACGACCUCGUUCGACCAGAGUCGACUGACCAUCAGUCCGUUCUUCCUGCCUCAAACCGGCCCCGAAUUGAGCCCCGACAUCCGCCACUCUCUCCCCGGCUUGCCGGUCCCUCGGCGCAUUGACGACGACAAGGAGACUGGCGCCAUAACGCAAUCGGCCCUCAACCUCGACAUUCGAUCGUCGCACGCACGCUCGCACGCACGCACCUGCGCCCUCCGCAAUUCCAGCCCUAUCGCCGGGACUGCUUCGACCAACGCCCUGUCCGACCCCAUGGGCAAGACCAGCCGCCGUCGCUGCCUCAGAGUCUCCAUGUCGCCUUAGACCCAAGCACGAAUUCACUCAUCUGUCACUGUCUCACCCGCGCCGAGCGACCCCGACCCGCGUCUCGCUUCUCAUGUUGCCGACAAAAGGCACGGAUAACCUCUGUUGGUGACGAUCACAACGCCGCCGCCUGCGUGAUGGCGCGCUCUGUCGACGACGAUAUGCUGCCCCCGCCCAUGGCGACGACGAUUCGCGAGCGAACCCUGGGCGGGAACCGCGCCUUUCACAAUUUCUACAAUGACUACUCUCACAUACCCGACCCCAACCUGCGGAGACGACUUGCCUUGUCCGAGAUUGACAAGGUGCCGUUUGGAUUGUACCAUGUCCGCGCAGUACUGGUUGCCGGCGUUGGUUUUCUUCUUGAUUCUUACGACAUCUUUGCCAUCAACCUCAUCACGACAUUCUUAGGUAUGGUCUUUUGGGGCGGCGACGAUAAUGGCAACGGGUACGGAGGAAACGGUGGGGUCUUGCCCGACACGAUCAACCAAGCCCUCAAGGCCUCCACAAGUGCCGGCAUUGUUAUCGGCAUGAUUGUGUUUGGAUGGUUGGCAGACGCUCUCGGCCGCCGCCGAAUGUACGGCAUAGAACUCGCCAUCAUCAUCUUCUGCACCUUUUGCUGCGCUCUCGUCUCUGCAAGCCCGUCCGUGAGCGCUUCGGCGCUCUUGAUCUUCUGGCGUGUGGUCAUGGGGGUCGGAAUCGGCGGCGACUAUCCGUUAUCAUCGGUGAUUACUUCGGAAUUUGCUCCGACACGGUGGCGUGGUGCCAUGAUUGCUGCCGUCUUCUCCAUGCAGGGGUUUGGGCUUCUCAUGUCGUCUGUAGUUGCCCUCAUCACCACCGCCGCCUUCAAGGGUGCGUACAUCAACAUCAAGGACGAGACGCAGUGCGACACUGCCUGUCGAAUAGCUGCCGACCGGUCCUGGCGCAUUAUCGUCGGUGUGGGCGCCAUUCCUGCGUGCCUCGCGCUGUACUACCGCAUCACCAUUCCCGAGACGCCACGAUACACCUUUGAUGUCCAACACGACGUCGAAAAGGCCGAUGCCGACAUCCGAGCGUACGUCCAGAGCAAGGCCAGUGGCGACUACGAGGCCAACCGCAAUUCGGGAGCCAGGGUGGCCGAGACAAGCCUCGAUGUCCCACGAGCAUCAUGGGCUGAUGUCUUUGCCUAUUUCGGCGAGUGGAAGAACCUCAAGGUGCUCAUCGGAACCACACUGUCUUGGUUCUUUUUGGACCUGGCCUUUUACGGCCUCGGAUUAAACAGCAGCAUCGUUCUGCACGCUAUUGGAUACGCGACUGGGAACAAUCUGUACGACAAGCUGUACAACCAGGCCGUCGGCAUGAUCAUUCUAUCCUGUGCUGGCUCUAUCCCUGGGUACUGGACGGCAGUAUUUACCAUCGACACUGUGGGCCGCAAGCCACUUCAGAUAUUCGGCUUCCUGUUCCUGACAAUCAUCUUCUGCAUCCUAGGGUUCAGACUCAAGCACUUGAGCGAGGGUGCUAUGCUUGCGUUGUAUAUUCUUGGGCAGUUCCUGUUCAACGCAGGUCCUAACACGACGACCUUUGUUGUUCCGGGCGAGUGUUUCCCGACACGUUACCGAUCGACCGGCCAUGGACUGUCAGCGGCCAUGGGAAAAAUCGGGGCCAUCGUCGCCCAGGUCAUCAGCAUUCCGUUGCUGAAGCAAGGACCGGGAAGUGAGGGCUGCGUUGGUAACGCCUGCUCGCCUAAUCUCGAUGGCCUCCUCAAGCUCUUUGCCCUGUUCAUGCUGCUAGGCACUCUGGUUUCCUUGCUUAUCCCCGAAACCAAGGGAGUGACGUUGGAGGAGCUGUCGGGGGAAUCCAGAACCAGCUACAAUGCUGGGUGCAACGGAAGCAUCAGCCUUGGGUCGCCCAAGCUGCGGGCCUGGAAUCCGUUCCACGGCGGCCAGCCGGCCGGCUUCAUCUACCCCCGGACCCACGCAGGUGCUUUUGCCAAGUCGAAGCGAUCGCCACGGUCAGGGGCGGUGGCAUCGCCGGAGCUCACCGAGGAGAACGCCCGGCAACAAAAGACUCGCUUCUGGCGACGGCAUCGGAAAUCUCGCGGUGCCAGCGACGGAUCGACCGAACUUGCUCUGCGCGACCGAAGUGGAGCAAGUGGCCAAGCGGACGGUACAUCAGCAGACGGAGCCGGGAGCACGGCGAGCCAGACGAUGCUGCACCAACAGCAACUGCCGACCUGGGGCGCCGGCUGGGGGAGAAUUGACCGAGGCGGCCCACCACAGGUGCCUGGCAACAUGCAGCUGCAGGACGUGGGCAUGCUACUGCGGCCGAACUAG